AGCAAGGCCCGAGGCUUUUGCCGGGCGGCAGCCCCUUAGCGGGCGGGGGGGCCCGAUGCACUCCUGCCGCCCGCUUUUGGCCCCCUUGGGCUGAGGCGGCAAGAGGCCAGAAACCGUCCGAUGGAUUUCCUGCUGAACCAGUGCAAGGCCUCGAGACGGAGGAGAAGCCGCGGCGUGCACGGCCACGGAGUGCCAGGAGUCCCGGUCGAGAUCUGCACCGUCCAGGAUCAUGUCGCCCAGCUGCAGGCCCUACCGCUGCCCGUCGAGCUCUGGGUGCGCAUCGUGCUUUGCCUGCAGCCCAGAGACUACGCCCGCCUCUGCAGGUGCUCGGCGCGGCUGGUGCCCCCCAUCGAGAGGCUACGAUUAUGGCGCAUCAUGUGCCACGUGGAGGGGUACGGACACCAUGAUCGCUGUGCGUGAGGACGAGGCGAUGGCCACGCUGCGCGAUCUAGGCAACGAGGCUGACGCUGCUGGUGGAACGCUGUGGGAAGGCGCCAGCGUGAAUUGGCGGCGCUGCUUCCAGGUCAACGCGACGGCCGACGCAGGCGGCCAAGGCCGUGGGGCGUGUUUGUUCGCGCGGGUGCGCGUGCGGGGCGAGGAGC